UUGUAUUUACACUUUAACCUUGUCUGUACACAAAGUUGGUGGGUCAUGGCUUGUCUGAAUACAAACAAGGUUGGUGGAAUUUUUUUGCCCACCCCAAGCAGGCUCCAAGAGGUCAAGAGUAUGAUACAAGACCUAAGGAAUGUUACAUUCAUUUUGAAAAAUGAAGAAUAUUAUCCAUCUGGUCUUGUCUCUUGGGAUCAUCGCUGCAAAUUAGUAAACGAUAAACGAAUAUACAUAAAAACUCUGUUCUUUCUUUUUAUCCAAUGAAUGUAGAGGAAAUUUCAUGUGACUAGCUUCUCCAUUUGAAUUCAUGAAUCUGUGAAAAUGUUCUUGGAGUUUACGGAAAAGUUAUGAACAUUUGGCACUUCUGUUCAACCUUUUAGAAAAAUGCCAAACAUGAAGAAACGUUUCUUUUUCCGAAAGCACUCUACCACACAUUAUAAUACCAUAAAAGGAAAUAUUCUUUUUUUAAUAGAAGCAAUAUUUAUAUAGAGCAAGAAGGAUGAAAAAAAUAAGAAGGCAAUGGAGAACAAGAACCAGAAGCGGUUUGUGCUUGUCCAUGGCCUAUGCCACGGCGCAUGGAGCUGGUACAAGGUGAAACCGAUUCUCGAGGCUGCAGGUCACACUGUGACAGCAGUAAACCUAGCUGCGUCGGGUAUAAAUACGACCAGAUUAGAAGAGAUUCAAACACUGCAUGAUUACUGCAAACCAUUGCUUGAUGUUUUGAGCUCGGCUGAUGAAGAUAAGGUGGUUCUUGUUGCUCAUAGCAUGGGAGGAAUAUCCGCAGCGUUUGCAACUGACAUUUUCCCUCAUAAGAUCUCUGCUAUUGUCUUUGUGACAUCCUUCAUGCCUGACACAACAAACCCACCUGCUUAUGUUUUCAAAAAUAUGAUGGCAAGCAUUUCAGAGCAAGAUUGGUUGGAUUCCGAGCUGGGGAGCUACGGGAGACCUGAUCAUCCGUUACAGUUUGCUCUCUUUGGACCAAAGUUCUUGGCCAAGCAUUUGUAUCAACUUUCUCCAGUCCAAGAUCUUGAAUUGGCGAAAAUGCUGCUGAGGGUAAACCCGUCAGUUACGGACAAUCUGGCAGGGACAAGAAGCUUCACUGAGGAAGGGUACGGAUCGGUCACACGUAUCUACAUCAUAUGUGGAGAAGAUAAUGUGGUACGUGAUGAUUACCAGCGUUGGAUGAUCAACAACUUUCGGGUAAAAGAAGUAAUGGAGAUCAAAGAUGCUGAUCAUAUGCCAAUGUUCUCCAAGCCUCAAGAACUCUGUGAUCUUCUCUUGGACAUCGCAGAUAGAUAUGCAUAA